AUGUGGGAUUGGUGUAAAAAGUUGUUGAAUCUAAAUAUCCUGACCCCACAAAACCUAGAGUUGAUCCUCUCUCAAUGGAUGAACCCUGGUCUAUCGAAAGUUGGCACUGUGCUAUGGAGAGCUUUAUGGGUGAGCACUAUUUGGAAUAUUUGGAAAGAGAGAAAUAGAAGAACAUUUGAAGGGACACAAAGUGAGAUUGAAGUUUUGAAGUCCAACACCUUAGCAACAGCAGCUGAAUGGUUUUCAACCAACAAGGAUUGUAAGUUUAUCCCAAAAUCUCAUAUUUUUGAUAACCCAUUUGAAGUUGCUAAGCUUAAUAUUGAUAGGCAAACUCGAAUUGCUAUUUGGAUGCCUCCUCAUGAAAAUUGCUUAAAACUCAACUUUGAUGGAAGCUCGAUUGGAAACCCAGACUCAGCAGGUUAUGGUGGUACCAUUAGAGAUCAUAUGGGUAAUUACAAAUUCACCUACUCGAACCAUGUGGACAUACAACAGUGA